CACCAAAACUAGGGUUACAUUAAACAAUUAGUGGUUGGUACCUCCACAAAACGUAGUAGGUUGAUCACUUUACCUAUAUAUAAACACUCUAAUCCUAUCCGUUUCCCCUCACCAACAAAAUAUUUGUGUGCCCCUCACAAUGGCAAGUGUGGUUAAGUCUUUCACUCUUUUUGCCCUAAUUCCUGCGAUCUUCUUCCCGGCCUUUGCGCAGCUCACUUCCGACUUUUACGACUCGAUAUGCCCACAAGCGCUUUCGACCAUCCAAGCGACCGUCGAGGCGGCGAUCAUACAGGAGCCACGGAUGGGCGCUUCUUUGGUUCGCCUACACUUCCACGACUGCUUUGUGAAUGGAUGUGAUGGUUCAAUUUUGCUGGAUGACACGCCAGCAAUGACCGGGGAAAAGACGGCUAAGCCGAAUAAGAAUUCAGCGAGAGGGUUCGACGUGGUCGAUCAGAUUAAAUCCGCAGUGAACGAUGCGUGCCUAGGGAAUGUGGUCUCUUGCGCCGAUAUCCUGGCGGUCGCAGCACGGGAUUCGAUUGUGGCUCUCGGCGGCGCCUCGUACGACGUGCUGCUUGGUCGCAGGGACGCGACCGAUGCGAGCUUGGCGGCUGCCAACGCGAACAUCCCCGCCCCGACCCUCGACCUCGCCGGCCUCGUCUCCAAUUUCCAGUCGCAGGGCCUCUCCCUCUCCGACCUCGUCGUGCUCUCCGGCGCGCACACCCUCGGCUUCGCCCGCUGCGUCUCCUUCCGCAACCGCAUCUACAACGAGACCGCCGACAUCAACUCCGACUUUGCCGCCUCCCUCCAAGCACAAUGCCCGCCCGAUGCAGGCGACGGUGACGACGUCCUCGCCUCGCUUGACGACACACCGUUCGUCGUCGACACGGACUACUACCAAGGCUUGUUACAAAACCAAGGGCUGUUGCACUCGGACCAGCAGCUGUUCCAAGGCGACGGCAGUGACAGCGACAAUCUGGUGCAGUUCUACAGCCAGAGUCCGACCGACUUCUGGUCGGAUUUCGGGACCGCCAUGAUCAACAUGGGAAAUUUGAGCCCGCUCACGGGGGACGAUGGAGAAAUCCGCGAGAAUUGUCGCGUCGUGAACCAAGAUUAAUACAAAUUUGAUUACUAUUUACUUGCUGAAUUUGAUCAAAUUCAACGAAUAUAAUGUUUAUUUUUGCGUGCAUUGUGAUGAGUCCCACAAGAGAGUUUCUUGUUUAACUUAGCUUGAAUUGGCUAGGAGGGAAUGGUAUGUGUUGAAGUUAUUGGAGAAGUUGAAUACUUGUAUAAUAGCCAUUCACUUGUGUUUAUUUAUUAUUUGCUUGUGUUAAUGGAAGGUAAUGAGGUGCAUUAGUUGAAUA